AUGUCGGCCCCAGAGUCCAAGGAUAUCUCCGGGACUGAGACCCAGCCGGUGCGAACCAACUCCAACCCAACCGUCGCCGCUGAGGAGCAAUCCUCCAAGAAGCAAUGGUGGCACAGAAGCAAGAAGAGCUCUGAAGGGGCCAACUCUGGCCCUGACGUCGCUGCCGUCCAGACUGAGGAGCACGAGGUCAAGAGGCCUUGGUGGUACAGUAUCAAGGAGCCCGGAUCGGCUCUUCAGAUCAUCACCGCCGCCCUCCUUGCCAUUGCCAUCGGUCUCGUCGUCACCACCCAGGUCGAGAAGGUCCCUGAUGCUGCUCGUGUCCUCAUCUCCAUCCCUGGUGACCUCUGGCUCCGGUCCCUCAAGGCUGUCGUCCUUCCCCUGAUCGUCUGUUCGAUGCUUCUCGCCGUGACGAGACUUCGAGAAAUGUCUAACGGCGGUUCCCUGCUUGCCAAGUGGGUUGUCGGAUACUACAUCAUCACCACACUUAUCUCCAUUACCCUCUCAUGCUUGAUGACGGGCCUGGUCUGGGCCCACCAGUUCAAGGAGGUCGGAGAGGACUCUCUUAGGAUGGAUGAUGAUGAGGAGUCAACUGUUGACACCUCGGAACGACCCAUCCACCAAGUCGUCCUUGAGAUGUUCCAGUCCUUCAUCCCCUCCAACGUCGUGUAUGCCAUGGCCAACGACCAGCUGCUUGCCAUCAUCAUCACAGCCAUCAUUGUGGGAUACCUCAUCGAGAGCUCUCAGUCCCCCAUCAUCCGCGUCACUGAGGAGAUCGAGCGCAUGAUCACCAAGAUCAUCACCUGGCUCAUCAAGAUGGCCCCCAUCGGUGUCUUCUUCCUGAUCCUGCCCAACCUGAUGAAGCUCGACAUCGGCGAGAUUGGUCUGAACCUGGGUAUCCUCAUCGGCGGUACCCUCUCCACCAUGCUCAUCCACAUCCUGGUCAUCGUCCCCAUCAUCUUCUUCACCUUUACCAGGAUGAACGCCUACUCGUAUUGGCUCAAGAUCUCUCCUGCCUGGGUGACUGCCUGGGGUUCUGCUUCGUCUGCCGCCACUCUGCCUGUGACGCUUCGAUGCGCCAAGGCGCGAGGUAUCCCUGCCACCAUCUACAAGUUCUCGUGCCCCCUAGGUUGCCUGAUCAACAUGGACGGUACUGCCAUCUACCUCCCCGCAGCUGUCACAUUCUUGGCUGCCACUCAGGGCAUCACUCUGGGCCCUGUUGACUACAUCAUCGUGGCCCUCCUGUCGACCCUGGCCUCGAUCGGUGUCAGCCCCAUCCCCUCGGCCUCGCUGGUCCUUUCCAUCAUGAUUGCCCGCUCCGUCAACGUCGAGCUGACCGGCAUGUACGCCGUCAUCGUGGCCAUCGAUUGGUUCCUCGACCGUUUCCGUACGGCCGUCAACGUCUCUGGCGAUCUCUUUGCUGGUAUGAUCGUGUACAAGAUGACCGGAAUCGAGGACCCCCCUGAGGUGGUUGACGAGGAGGCCCGUGAGGCUGAUCUGAAGGAGCAGGACGCCUCCAACAAAGUCUAA